AUGGCACAGAACGAAAUCCGCUACGACGACCAAGUCGUCGUGAUCACAGGCGCCGGCGCCGGCCUCGGCCGCGCUUACGCCCUCUUCUUCGCCGCCCGUGGUGCCAAGGUUGUGGUGAAUGACCUGGGUGGCACGUUCAACGGCGCAGCCGGCUCCUCGGCAAAAGUAGCCGACACCGUCGUCUCGGAGAUCACCUCCGCCGGCGGCACGGCCGUCGCGAACUACAGCGCCGUGCAGCAAGGCGAUGAGAUCAUCGCCACCGCCAUCAAGCAUUUCGGGCGAGUCGAUGUUCUCAUCAAUAAUGCUGGGAUCCUGCGGGAUGUGACGCUGAGGAAUAUGAAGGACGAGGACUGGGAUCGGAUUAUUGACGUACAUGUGACGGGGACGAUGAUGACGACGAAGGCCGCGUGGGCGUACAUGCGGAAGCAGCGGUUUGGGAGGGUGGUGAAUACGAGUAGUGCUAGUGGGUUGUUUGGGAAUUUUGGGCAGUCGAAUUAUGCUGCUGCGAAGAUGGCCAUAGUCGGCUUCACCGAAACGCUCGCUCUAGAAGGCAAAAAGUACAACAUCACAGCCAACAUCCUCGCCCCAGGAGCCGCCAGUCGCCUGACCCGGACGGUCUGGAGCGAGGACAUGAUGGAAGUCAUGAAGCCAGACUGGGUUGUCCCUCUGGUUGGAUCGCUAGUGCACGCCUCGUGCAACAUCACCGGCACGAUCUUCGAAGCCGCCGCAGGCCAUUUCUCUGCGAUACGCUGGGAGAGGAGCAGAGGACUGCUGCUGGAGCCGGAGAGCAUGACGGUAGAAGACGUUCUCGCUGGCCACGCGCAGAUCGCGGACUUCAAGGACGCAGAGCACCCAAAGAGUGUAGCGAAUAGUCUGGAGAAGUUGGAGGCAUCGCGGAAGCAGCCGGUGCUGAACCAGAAAGGGCAUAAGGAGAAGGUGAGCUUCAAGGGUAAAGUGAUCCUCGUCACUGGCGCAGGCGAAGGGCUGGGUAGGGCGUAUGCGAAGCUGUUCGCGGAGCGAGGUGGGAAGGUCGUGGUGAAUGAUGUGGUGGGUGCCGAGAAGGUCGCUGCUGACAUUAGAGCUGCGGGCGGGGAGGCCAUAGCGAAUACCACCAGCGUGGAGAAGGGUGAUCAGCUCGUCAAGGAGACCAUCGAGACAUAUGGGCGAAUUGAUGUGCUGGUCAACAACGCGGGCAUCUUGCGGGAUAAGGCAUUCAUGAACAUGACCGCCCAACAAUGGCACGAAGUAAUGAACGUCCACCUCCGCGGCACCUUCCUCACCUGCCGCGCCGCCUUCCCACACUUUCUCAAACAGCGCUCGGGCCGCAUCGUCAACAUCACAUCAACCUCUGGAAUCUACGGCUCCUUCGGCCAAGCAAACUACGCCGCCGCGAAAUGCGGCAUUGUCGGCUUCUCCAAGACCCUUUCCCGCGAGGGCGCGAAAUACAACAUCAUUGUGAAUGCAGUCGCGCCAAGCGCGGGCACGAACAUGACAAGGACGGUGAGGUCGGAGGAGGAGGUGCAGUUGAUGAAGCCGGAGUAUGUUGCGCCGCUCGUGGCGGCGCUGUGUUGUGAACGACCGCCGGGGAGUGGAGGGUUGUAUGAGGUUGGGACGGGGUGGUUUGCUAUGACGCGGUGGCAGAGGGCUAGGGGGGUUGAUUUUGAGCACGCGAAGGGGGUGGUGUCGGUUGAGGAGGUGAUGGCGGCGCUGCCAGAGAUCUGCAACUUUGAUAAUGGGAAGGCGGAUAAUCCGGAUGAUCCGCAGGAGGGAAGCAAGUAUACGAUGGGGAAUGUGUUGAAGAACCCGAAGAUUGCGGGUGCUUUGUCACAGCAGAAUCGUGGGCGGAGGGGUGAUGUUGGGAAAGCGAAGAUAUAG